AUGAACGGGGCGAUGAACAGUGCACACCCGACCAGCAAUGGUUAUGCACCGGGAUUUCAACCGAAGGAGAAUCCACCAAAAGUUCUCUUCAACGUUUGCCGAAAAGAGUUGUAUCAUCCCAACAAGGGCUACAAACAGUUGGCUCGUCGCCUGAAGCAAGUCGGCACUGUAGACAUGAACAAGGAGGAUAUUACGUUAGACCGUCUUUUACCAUAUGACAUUGUUGUCUUUGGUUCUUCACAAGAGAAACUCACCGAAGAAGAUCUUACCGUCAUUCGAGAUUAUGUUGAGCACGGUGGUUCCGUCAUUAUGCUGUUUGGUGAUGGGCACGGUGGUCGUUAUUCUUACCUUAACCGGACGCUGGAUGAGUGGACAGGCAUUACUCUUAACGAAGAUUGUGUGGUACGUACCGUCAUGAACAAAUACCUGCAUCCUAAAGAAGUGUGUGUUGCGCAUGGGGUGACAAACAGGGCCAUAAAUAAGGCCGCUGGAAAAAGUGUUUUGGGAGCUCCCGGGCAUCAGGGUGAUCGUGGGGGUUUUAUGGCAGGUGGCUCGACCUUUGGUGAUCGUUCAGCUCCUCUGACACUCAAUCGAACCGUCGUCACCGGUCCCUGGGGAGGUAUGAUGUCGAAUGCUGCCACAACGGCUAUGCAGCAACAAAUGGCGGAAGAGGCUGCAGCAGAUGGUCCUACCAGUCUCGUAUUUGUGUACCCACACGGCCUGAGUUUCAAUGUGAACCGCCCGGCAGUGCCCAUCCUUAGCAGUGGGUUCAUGGCCUACCCGUUAAAUCGCCCCAUUGCCGCGGUGUGGGAAUGCAGUGAAUUAGUGGAGCACAACGGUCAAAAGAAACAGGGAAAGCUGCUUCUCAUAGGCAGCGGCCUCUUAAUGGAGGAUAACUGGUUCGGGAAGGAAGAAAAUGAGUUGCUAACGACUGUAUUAUUCGAUUACAUGAAUCACAAGGUGAAACUGAACCAAAUUGAUGCCGAUGAACCAGACAUCACGGACUACAACCAUGUUCCAGACACCGCAUCCCUCUCAGAGCGACUGCGUGUUGCGGUGGAGCAACAGGAAGAGUUACCGCGUGAUUUUACCAAGCUUUUUCAAACUGAAUCAUUCAAACUUGACACAGACAUUAUCCCAGAAGUUAUUGAGGCGUACAACAAACUCAAUGUCAAACAAGAGCCCCUAACUCUUAUUCCACCGGAGUUUCUGACGCCUCUUCCUCCAGUGAAGCCAGCAGUGUUUGAACCAACCCAUCGGGAUCCGAUGCUGCCUGCGUUAGACCUCUUUGACCUAGAUGAAGAGUUUGCGCCUGAGAAGGUGCGGUUAAGUCAAUUGACAAACAAGUGCAAACCAGAGGAUGUCCAAUUUUACAUUUUGCAAGCCGCAGAAAUCCUUGGCGUCACAAAGAAGUUACGAAGUCCACGUAAUCGUGACCCUCGCGCAUUGUUAGACUACGUAUUUCGCCAGGUUGUGCAAUAUAAGAAAGUCAACGCUGGCAGUAUGCAUACGACAUCCAAUGCGGGGCUGGAUUCCUACAGUAUGGACCCCAAUGCAGCAGCUGCUGCUGCCGCAGGUAGCAUGACGCGGGUGAUACGCGUUUCCACGGGUGAAAAUGGGAAUAGAGACACAACACCGUUCGAUGACAACGUACCGUGGACACUGCAACUCCAAGCGGACUUUGGCAGUGGAAACAUUACGGGGAAAUUUAUAUUGCAUACAUCUUCCAUGCAUUUCCCUGCACAAGAGGCUUCACUGGAGGGCACAAUAAAGCCACCCGGGGAACGGGAAUACCCAAUGGAAUGGGGUGUUCUGGUGCGCGGGGCAAACGAUGAGCAAACCUUUUUCGUAUUUCUUGCGAUGCUGCAGGGCAACUCGCUACGUGGCGUUUGCGAAGUGGCUUCUGGAAAUGGCAAUACCCGAAACUUCUUAUAUGAAAUUGAGGAGCUUUAG